AUCCAAACCGAGAUGGAGACUAUUCCAGAAGCAGUAUCACAUAAAGACUUGUCCUGCCAGCAAAUCUUGGAACAAAUAGCAAGUAACUUAACCUGGUCUCAGUUCUCCAUACAAGGUGAUAUGGCCUGCCAGGUUGAGACAGGACUGUCUAUUAUUCACAUAGGAGAGAAACCUUACCUGGAUCAUGAGAGUAAACAGUCCUUCAGUGAUAUCUCAAUCUUUGAUCUUCAUCAACAAUUACACUCAAGAGAGAAGUCUUAUACGUGUAACAAGUGUGGAAGAAGCUUCUGUUAUAGCUCAGUUCUUCAGAUUCAUCAGAGAAUUCACAAGGGAGAGAAACUCUAUAAUUGUGAUGUGUGUGGUAAGGAAUUCAGUCAAAGAUCACAUCUGCAAACUCAUCAGAGAGUCCACACUGGAGAGAAACCAUUCAAAUGUGAGCAGUGUGGGAAAGGCUUUAGUCGUAGAUCAGGACUUUAUGUUCAUCGCAAACUACACACAGGAGAGAAACCUUGUAAUUGUGAGGAAUGUGGGAAGGCCUUCAUUCAUGAUUCUCAGCUUCAGGAACAUCAGAGAAUCCAUACUGGGGAGAAACCAUUCAAAUGUGAUAUAUGUUAUAAAAGUUUUCAUAGUAGAUCAUACCUUAAUAGACAUUCCAUGGUUCACAUGCGAGAGAAACCAUUCAGAUGUGAUACAUGUGGUAAGAGCUUUGGUCAGAGAUCAGCACUUAAUAAUCAUUGCAUAGUCCACACUGGAGAGAAAUGGUACAAAUGUAAGGAGUGUGGAAAAGGCUUCAUUUAUAGGCGAGAUCUUUAUAGGCAUCAGAUGGACCACACAGGGAACAAAGCAUAUAAUUGCAAAGAAUGUGGGAAGAGUUUCAGAUGGGCCUCAAGUCUUUCAAGACAUCAUCAGCGUGUGCACAGUGGAGAAACACCUUUGAAAUGUGAAGAAUGUGAGAAAAGAUUUACUCAGACUUCACAAGUUUAUGCUCCUCGUAGAGUCCACAGUGGAGACUCGCCUUUCAAAUGUGACGAAUGUGGGAAGGGAUUUUAUACGAACUCAGAGUGCUAUUCCAAUCAGAGAGCCUGGAGUGGAGAAAAGCCAUACAAAUGUGAGGAGUGUGGAAAGAGUUACAAAAGCAGGUGGUAUUUUCACUUUCAUCAGAGGGUCCACAGAGGAGAGAAACUCUAUAAAUGUAAGGAAUGUGGGAAGAGCUUUGGCUGGACCUCAAGUCUUUUGAACCAUCAGAGACUCCAUAGUGGAGAAAAACCAUUCAAAUGUGAAGAGUGUGGGAAAAGGUUUACUCAGAGUCCACAAGUUUACACUCAUCAUCGUAGAGUCCAUAGUGGAGAAAAACGAUUCAAAUGUGAAGAGUGUGGGAAGGGAUUUACUGAGAGGUCAAAACUUCAUUCCCAUCAGAGAGUUCACACUGGGGAAAAGCCAUACAAAUGUGAGGAGUGUGGAAAGAGCAUUGUACACAGUUCGUACCUUAAAGACCAGCAAAGAGACCACAGGGGAGAAAAACCAUACAAAUGUGAGGACUGUGGGAAGGGCUACAAGAGGCGCUUGAAUCUUGAUAUGCAUUAG